AACAAGGUUUCUUUUCGUUUUGAAGCGCGAUCAUGCAGAUUUAUCAAACAGAAUUUACGAGUGUUUCGAUAAGAUAGUCAGAAGUUCUUCGAAGUACGCUAGUAGACGAGGCAAAACAACAAGAUUCCUAUGUUGUUCUAUGGUCUACAAACUUAUCAACAUCAGAGUUCCAGUUUUCAACGUUGCAAGGGAGUUGAUCAUCUCCGAUUAUUAGAUCGGUGUGUGUUCAAGUGUGGUGAGUACAAUCGCCCUGUCGGAGUGUUGUGAAAGACGAGUUGAUGAGACGCCGAUGAUUUAGCUAUGGCUACUUAUUUUGCAGGCGUAUGCAGUUUUUUGAUCAGAUUCUAAUCCGACGUACUCUUCAAAUCAGCUAUUCCCUACAAUUGUUACAGUCUGUCAACGGUGAUAAUUGUAUUUAUGAAUACUUGUACCUAUAUUUUACUAGGCAUUUCUCUAACAACAUCUAGUUCUGGUUAACUUUUCAUUUCUAUUUGAAGAAAACAAAUUUCAAUUUGUUUUUUCAAGGAAAUCAAGAUGGAGAGCAAAAUCGCAGAUAUCAACUUGGCCGAUUUCGGCCGCAAGGAGCUGAACUUGGCGGAGCAUGAGAUGCCUGGUCUGAUUAACUGCCGCAAAGAGUACGGAGCCCAGAAACCGUUCGCGGGUGUGAAGAUUGCUGGUUCUCUGCAUAUGACCAUUCAGACCGCAGUUUUGAUUGAAACCUUGGCAGAGAUGGGCGCCGACGUGCGCUGGUGCAGUUGUAACAUCUUCUCGACCCAGGACCAUGCAGCUGCCGCAGUCGCGAAGGCUGGCACCUCGGUCGUCUUCGCCUGGAAGGGUGAGACGCUCGAGGAAUACUGGGACUGUACUGAAAAAACUCUGGUAUGGCCGGACGGCUCCGGACCGGACUUGAUUGUCGACGAUGGAGGUGACGCGACGAUGCUCAUUCACAAGGGUAGAAAACUUGAUAAAAUUCAAAUAGGUCAUCGAGGAAAUGUAAAUCUCUUUUUAUUUCAUCGAUAUGAAUGUUGUACAUGAUACAAUUAUACGAAUCAGAUUCCCCAAUCUUCUCUCUCUCUUUAUUUCUGUCUCAAAACCCACCCUAUCCACUCUCUGAAAAGCCACCCUUUUCACUCUCUCAAAACGCACUCCCCCGUACACUUUCUCAAAGCCAACCCGCCCUCUCUACUCCCUCCACUCUCUCAAAGCCCACCCUUUCUACUCUGUCAAAACCCACUCUUUCCACUCUUCCAAAACGCAGGAAAGGAAUGGGAGGAGAAGUUUGCUGCUGACGGUUCUUUACCGGACCCGAAUUCCUCGAGCAAUCCGGAGUUUAAGUGCGUUUUGAGUGUUCUGCGCAAGUCGAUUCAAGCAGACCCCAAAAAGUGGACUCGAAUCGCCGCUGCUGUGAAAGGUAAAAAAAUUUCAAACGUUGCUUACACUUUUUGUAUAAAAAUAAUGAAAUAUAGGUACGGCAGAGGUUUUCAAGAGCUACAACCAAUAAAUCGCAUUUCUUUGUAGCCCCAGAAAAUUUUUCACUUGUUUGUGCGACUAUUUAGUAAAUCUUUCUUGAACUCCAACUCCUUCUUUUCGAAAUUUCUGAAUGGUCAGGUGUUUCCGAGGAGACCACGACGGGUGUUCACCGAUUGAAGGAGAUGGCCACCAAGGGCGAGCUGCUGUUCCCGGCAAUAAACGUGAACGAUUGCGUGACUAAGUCGAAGUUCGACAACGUGUAUGGGUGCCGCCACUCUCUCCCGGACGGACUGAUGCGCGCCACUGAUGUAAUGAUCGGCGGCAAGCGCGUUCUGGUUUGCGGCUAUGGUGAUGUCGGAAAGGGUUCCGCCAUGGCCAUGAAGGGCGCAGGAGCCCGCGUGAUGAUCGCGGAGUGUGAUCCGAUUUGCGCUUUGCAGGCCUGCAUGGAGGGCUACGAGGUGACAACCAUUGAGGACGUCAUCAACGAAGUCGACAUAUUUAUCACCACCACUGGCAACUUCAACAUCAUCACCAAAGAACACAUGGCCAAAAUGAAGAACAACGCUAUUGUCGGAAACAUCGGACACUUCGACAAUGAAAUCGACAUGGCCGGCCUCGAGUCCUUCCCCGGCAUCAAGAUGGAAAACAUCAAGCCGCAAGUCGACCGGUAGACACCUACUCUCAUCUGAUUUGAAAAAUAUCAUGAACUUGAACUAUUCAACAAGAGCAUCAGAUGCACACCACAACAGUAAUUUUAUUCGCAUUCGAUACUAAAAUAUUUUAAAGAUAUGAGAUCCCACCACGCAGGAGUCACUUUUUCUUGAUUUCAACUGAUCCUCUCAAUAUCUAUAGAUUCGUCUUCCCGGAUGGGCAUGGAGUGAUCGUGCUGGCCAGCGGUCGAUUGUUGAACUUGGGCUGUGCUACUGGACACCCAUCUUUCGUGAUGUCCUGCUCCUUCACGAACCAAACCAUUGCCCAAUUAGAUCUCCUCGAUAACUGGAAGGGCAGCAACGUGCUGAAGCGCCAGAACCGCAAACCCUACGGCGUGGACCAGGCAUAGAUACCACUUGAUGUUCAGAUACGAAGUAUUCGCUUGUCGUGAGAGGAAAACGCCCAUAAUGUUGUUGUACUUUGUUCUAAUUAUAGUCGUGUUAUGAUCUUUACCGAGGACAGAAGAAUGCUUUAUAGAGAAUCAGCUACGGAAGAUGUUCUAAAUCAUCUCCCGUGUCCAGGUGUACCGUCUCCCGAAGGAGUUGGAUGAAAAGGUUGCCCGCCUCCAUCUCCCGGCCCUGGGCGCUAAGUUGACAAAACUGACUGCGGAGCAGGCUGAGUACAUCAACGUCCCACAGGACGGACCAUACAAGCCGGAGGAAUACCGCUAUUAGGUGCGGACGACGAUGUGAGAAUGAUUUGGGCGGCGUUCUUUUUUACAAGAACCACUAUAAUUUGCGCAAGGCGUUGCCCAAGAUGAUUGUGCUCCAGCAAGCAUAACUUUAGGGCUAAUAUAGUUUAAUUGUCUGUGCUUCUGUUGAAGGACAUGAGAUAAUUGCAGUUUCUACAAGUGUGCAGAGAUUGCGUAGUAUGAACAAGGCCAACUCGGAGGUUGUUUCAGGAGCUGACCCACCGUCGAACAACCUAAUCAAUAUUCGGAUGAUUUUCAUCCUAAAAAAAAAUUAAUCUAAACUUUUUGAAACGCCUAAGCAGAGAUGCGCAGAGUCUACAGGCGAACGUAGCCACGAACGGGCGUUUACGUUUGCCGUGGCUUCUCAUCGAUUCCCGCUUAUCUUGUUCAAUUCAGUUCUUUAUUUUACUUUUUUUUUUGUAGUGCAAGAAGGACACAGACACCAUAUCAAUAUCCAAUUUGCAUUCAAGACCUCUAUGAAUGUAAGUAUCAAAUAUCUGCUAUGCACAUGGAUGUAUUUCACCGACGAGGGCGAUUUAUGAAUGAGUCCACUUCAGGGUAGUUUCACAUUGGUCACUGACGGCAGUUGGCGAUCGUUCUCCUAUUCGCUCCCUGAGUAUUAUAUUCAGGGUGAAAACGACAAAGAAAACUAGUUCGCAACAUCCACAAUUAGGUCGCUCCUUGCAUGUGCAGGCGUCCGGUGCUGGGUCUAAAAUUGAUGUAGCAAACCCAGAACAUGACAGAGUGUUCUUCUAGGAGUACGGAAAGAUAAACCUUCAUCUGAGACACAACUACUUGCAUUUUUAUCCAUCUGCUCUUGUGUCAUCGUCAGUCGCUGGUG